GGAUCAUAUCUAUUUGCACAGUACCUUACAAGUAACCAUUAGUUCAUACCCAAACUUUACUUAGCCAUGACAUCAAGUUUCAACACUUCAAAUUCCUUAUAUGACUUUAUUGUCAGAGAUGGCAAUGGCGUGAAAGGGUUGGUAGACUCAGGUGUAUUAGAUGUUCCAGAGAGGUACAUACAACCCCCAGAGGAAAGAAUCAAGAAGGAAGAUUCAAGGAUAUGUGAUGCUCCACCCAUUGACUUGUCAAAGCUGAAUGGAGCUGAGCAUGAGAAAGUGGUGGAUGAGAUUGUUAGAGCAGCUGAGACUCUUGGCUUCUUUCAGGUGGUGAAUCAUGGUGUUCCUUUGGAGUUGUUGGAAUCACUCAAAGAUGCUGCACACACAUUCUUCAACUUGCCACCAGAGAAGAAAGUUGUUUACUGCACUGGGGUGAGUCCAAGCCCUAAGGUAAAAUAUGGGACUAGCUUUGUGCCAGAGAAAGAGAAGGCCUUGGAAUGGAAAGACUAUAUCAGUAUGGUAUAUAACAGUGAUAAAGAAGCUAUUCAAUAUUGGCCUAAUCAGUGCAAGGAAUUUGCACUUGAGUAUUUGAAGUUGUCAUCUAAGAUGGUUAGAGACAUUGUGGAAAUCUUGAUAGGUAAGCUUGGAGUUGUAAUAGAAGAUUCAAAAGUUGAGAGCCUUCUUGGUAUGAAGAUGGUAAACAUGAACUACUACCCAGCAUGUCCAAAUCCAGAGCUCACAGUGGGUGUAGGGCGUCACUCUGACAUGGGAGCUAUCACAGUGCUACUCCAAGAUGGCAUUGGAGGCUUGUAUGUCAAAGUGGAAGAAGAAAAUGAUGCUGGAAAAGGAGAGUGGUUGGAAAUUCCACCAAUCCCGGGAGCUCUUGUCAUCAAUAUUGGUGAUACUUUACAGAUACUGAGCAAUGGGAAGUUCAAGAGUGCUGAACAUCGAGUGAGGGCAACUAGCACCCAAUCUAGGGUAUCAGUUCCGGUGUUUACUGCGCCAAUAGCUACAGAGAGGAUAGGUCCACUGCCAGAAGUGGUGAAGAAAGAUGGGUUGGCUCUUUAUAGGGAAGUUGUGUUCCAAGAUUACAUGAACAACUUCUUUGGGAAUGCUCAUGCUGGAAAGAAGUCUCUUGAUUUUGCAAGGAUCAACUAGUUUGUAUCAAUAAUAUGAUUGAGAACCGAGAUUAUAAUGGUUGUAUUUCUUUUCAUUUCACAAAUAAAACUUGAGUGUUAGAGUCAU